CUGUACUUUUGUUGGCUGAAAAGCUGUCGUGACUUACAAAGGCAUGUGGUGCUGCAGCUAAUGAUGUUUCGCAAAAAGAAGUGAUUGAAACCUUGCAUCUUAAAGUGGAUAUUCUCUAUACAGAAGAAUUUUUGCCACACAACAGUAAUGGCCUCAUCAAAGAUAGUAGCAAGAACAUCGCGGGAUAUUGCUGGUGUCAUGCAGAGACUCCAAGACGAACAAGAGUCAGUGCAAAAGAGGACGUUCACAAAAUGGAUCAACACUCAUCUGGCAAAGCGCAAACCCCCCAUGUUAGUCAAUGAUCUGUUUGAUGACAUCAAAGAUGGCAUAGUAUUGAUUGCCCUUUUGGAGGUUCUCUCAGGACAAAAAUUGCCUUGUGAACAGGGGAGAAAACUGAAGAGAAUUCAUGGAGUAGCCAACAUUGGCACAGCUCUUAAGUUCCUGGAAGGGCGGCGGAUUAAGCUUGUCAACAUUAAUUCAACUGAUAUCGCUGAUGGUAGACCUUCUAUUGUGCUUGGUUUGGUGUGGACUAUAAUUCUAUAUUUUCAGAUUGAGGAGCUUACAAGUAAUCUCCCACAGCUGCAGUCUCUCUCCAGCAGUACCUCAUCUGUAGACAGUGUUGUCAGUUCUGAGACUGCCAGUCCACCAUCCAAGCGGAAAGUGGUAACCAAAAUCCAAGGGAAUGCAAAGAAGGCUUUGCUAAAAUGGGUGCAGUACACAGCAGCAAAGCAAGCUGGAAUUGAAGUCAAGGAUUUUGGACGGAGCUGGAGGAGUGGCGUCGCCUUUCAUUCCGUUAUUCAUGCUAUCCGUCCAGAACUAGUGGAUUUAGAAAGGGUGAAAACAAGAUCUAACAGGGAAAAUCUGGAAGAGGCCUUUACAAUUGCAGAAUCAGAAUUGGGAAUUCCAAGACUCCUUGAUCCUGAAGAUGUGGAUGUGGAUAAGCCAGAUGAAAAAUCUGUUAUGACCUACGUAGCACAGUUCCUGAAGCACUACCCAGAUCCUCAUAAUGCAGGAGGUGAUGCACAGGAGAUGGACGAACCACUUCGAGCAAUUUCAUCUUUUGCUAUUUCUAAACAUAAAUACAAGAAAGAAGACAGACUAAUGCUAAGAGAUCUGAAAAUUUGGGUAGAACAAUUUGAAAGAGAUUUGACAAGAACACAAAUGAUGGAAGUGAGUUUGCAAGAGAAAUACCAGUCAUUUAAACACUUCAGAGUACAGUAUGAAGUAAAGAGGAAACAGAUUGAACUUGCCAUCCAGUCUCUAAGGAAGGAUGGCAAAUUGUCACUUGAUCAAGCUCUGGUGAAGCAGGCGUGGGACAGAGUCACGUCUCGGCUGUUUGAAUGGCAUCUGCAUCUUGAUAAAUCUCUUCCUGCUCCCCUGGGCAGUAUUGGUGCCUGGCUUUAUAGGGCAGAGUCUUUCCUUAGAGAAGAAAUCAUAAUUCAACAAGCUCAUGAGGAAACUGCAAAUAUGAUACAUAGGAAACUUGAACAGCAUAAGGAUGUACUUAAAAAUGUGGAUGAUUAUAAAAAGACAUUCCAGGAGAUCCACAGAGCUCGAUCUGUCAAUGGAGUCCCUGUUCCACCAGAGCAGCUAGAUGAUAUGGCAGAGAGGUUUAAUUUUGUUGCUUCUACAUCGGAGCUCCAUCUGCUGAAAAUGGAGUUCUUGGAACUGAAGUACCGUCUGCUAUCACUCUUGGUCCUUGCAGAAUCAAAAUUAAAAUCAUGGAUUAUCAAGUAUGGAAGAAGAGAGUCUGUUGAACUACUCCUUCAAAACUAUAUGACUGUUAUAGAAAACAACAAAUUUUUUGAUCAGUAUGAAGUUACAUAUCAGAUCUUGAAAAAGGCAGCUGAGAUGUAUGCCAAAGCUAAUGGCUCAUCGGAGGAAAUAGAGAGUGUUACAAGAUUCAUGAAUGAGACAACGACACAGUGGAGGCAUUUGUCAGUAGAGGUGAGAAGUGUGAGGAGCAUGUUAGAAGAAGUCAUUUCUAACUGGGACAGAUAUAGCAGCACAGUGGCUAGUCUGCAGGCCUGGCUGGAAGAUGCCGAAAAAAUGCUGAAUCAGCCUGAACAUGCCAAAAAGGAUUUCUUCCGGCAUUUACCGCAAUGGAUACAGCAGCAUACUGCUAUGAAUGACGCUGGUAAUUUUCUAAUUGAAACAUGUGAUGAGACCGUUUCCAGAGAUUUAAAGCAGCAGCUGCUAUUGCUGAAUGGACGAUGGAGAGAGUUAUUUAUGCAAGUUAAACAAUAUGCUCGGGCUGAUGAAUUAGACAAAAUGAGGAAGGAAUAUUUGGAUGGUGUUGCUUCUUUGUCUGCUUUCACUGAUGAAGCAAGGAGGAAAAUCCAUGUACCUUUAGAAGUGUCCUUUCUAAAUGUAAAGAUGUUCGUCCAAGAACUAGAGGAUAUUAAACAAAAAGUGCCUGUGAUGGAAUCUCAGUAUAAGAUGGCUACAAGAACAGGACAACUUGUUACAAAAGAAAUUCCCCAAGAAGAGGUCAAUGAAAUGCUUGCAACAAUGUCAGGAAUCAAAGGGCGGCUCAGCAAGGUUAAUGAGUCCUGCCCAGUUGUACUCUAUGAAUCUCAACAGCUACUUCCUCACCUUGAAGAAUUAGAGAAGCAAAUUACAAAUUUUUAUGAAUCUCUUGAUAAGGUCAAUGAAAUUCUUUCUGUCCUAGAUCCUGAAGUCCAGCCUGCUGAUAUUUUUAAACAGCAACAUCAGGAUCUAGUAGCUUAUCAAGAAAACUGCAAGAAAGCUUUAUCACUGAUUGAGAGAAAUAGCCAGAGCAUUAAAAAGUUUUUGGCUUCAAGUAAAGUUUUACAGCAUUUCAGUGUUUCAGUACUUCAGAAGAAAGUCAUAGAAAUCCAAGCUGCUUUUCAGAAUAUGGUCAAGAAGUUAGAUGAUUGGAAGAAAAAUGUUGAGGCAAAUAGUCGUUUGAUGAAAAAAUUUGAAGAAUCUAGAACAGAAUUGGAAAAUGUACUACAGAUUGCUCAGUGCUGUCUAAAAGAAAGAGGUAAUCCUGAAGAACUUCUUCGGAAACAUACAGAAUUUUUCAGCCAAUUGGACCAGAGGGUGCUAAAUGCUUUCCUGAAAGCUUGUGAUGAACUAACUGACAUCCUUCCUGAGCAAGAACAACACACUCUUCAGGAAGCUGUUAGGAAACUACAUAAGCAAUGGAAGGAUCUCCAGUCAGAAGCCCCCUACCAUUUAAUUCACUUAAAGAUAGAAGUGGAAAAGAACAAAUUCCUAGCAUCCAUGCAAGAAUGUCAUGCUGAAUUGGCUCGACAGCAAAAGCUGGUGUCCAAGGAGAGCAGUGAGAAGAUAAUUAGGGAGCACAAGUUGUUCUUUGGAGAUAAAGGGCCCUUACAACUAUGUGAGAAAAGGCUGCAUCUGAUUAAAGAACUAUGCUUAAAAUUACCACAACGGGAUCCACUACGGACAACCUCUGAAAGUAGUCAAAAAGAUCUUAGUGAACUUAAAUCCCAGGUUGCCAGCACCUACAUGAAGCUAAUGAACCACCCAGAUAAAUGGAAAGACUACAAGGACAGAUUUUCUGAAUUAGAAACUUGGAUUUCUUCAAGUGAGUCCCAACUUAAGAAGAUUAAGCAUGGUGCUACUGAUUCUGCAAAAUAUAAACACUUUAAAACAUCAAUAGAGGAAAUCAGACAAGAAGCUUGCAAGCAAGGAGAAUUUCUCAUCUGGUUGAAGUCUAGGCUGGUUGUUCUGUCUGAGGUUUCUUCUGAGGAUGAAGCCCAAAAGCAAGGGGAGGAGCUUUCUAAGCUUUCUAGUGACUUCAAGAGGAUCUUAUCUUUAUUGACAGAGAUUGAGAAGACAUUGGGUGCUGUUGGUGACUGUGUCCACUACACUGAAGAAGUGAAAGGCAAUUUGGAAGAACUGAUCACAAAUUCAAAAGAAGCCCAGGCAGAGGUUGAGAAAAUCUUACAUGUUGAAAGCUUGUUACAGGCCCAGCAGCUCCUUCGAUAUCAUCAGCAAAAGGCAAAAAGGCUCCAUGCAAAGAGGCAAGAUGUGCAACAGCAAAUUGCCCAAGGUAAGCAGCUACAGAUUGAAGGUGGUCUGUCUCCCACUGUACAAGAAGACUUAUGGAAGUUGGAGAGUACAUUAGAAAACAUGCAGCAAUCUAUGGAUAAACGUGGAGAUCAAUUGCAGAUCACAGUAAACACAUGGGAACAGUUUGAAAGGGACAAAGAAACAGUUGUAAAGUAUCUUAGUCAUGCAAGCUCUGCUCUGGAACGCAUCUUAAGCUUUAGCAGCUUAGAAAGUUUGUCGUCAGAACUAGAGAAGACAAAAGAACUUUCCAAGCAGACAGUAGCCAUGGCUAUGGAAGCUGAGAAUCUUGUCAAGAAGUCUUUUGCAAUACAGCUUGGUGAAAAGAGCAAACAAGCCCUUCAACAGCAAGCCAAGUCAAUCCAGGAACAAGUUGAAAAAGUGGAAGCUACCCUUGAAGAAGAUAUUAAAACCAUGGAAAUGGUGAAAAACAAGUGGGAUCAGUUUGGCAAAAAUUUUGAAGCAUUGUCCAUCUGGAUUACUGAAAAGGAAAAAGAGCUGGAUACCUUGGAUACGUCAUCAUCUUCCUUGGAUGUGCAAAUCAACCAAAUUAAGGUAAUUAUUAAAGACAUAGAUGGUAAGGAAAAUGAAAUCCCAAGCCUAGAAGAGGAAGCUCAGUCAUUUUCUCAGUAUCUUACUUCUGGAGAAUCAGCCCAUAUUAAAACCAAGUUGACACAGAUCAGAAGGUACAGAGAAGAACUCCAAGAUCGUGCACAGCAUCUGGAAGGAGUAAUCAGAGGAAAGGCGUCAGUCCAGCAAAAAUUUGAUGAAAACUUCUCAAAGGUCCAACAGGACCUUGGCAAAUAUGAAGCCAAACUGGCAGAGCCUGAUUCUUCAUGCUCUUCAUCAGCAGAAACUUACAAGGCCCUCCAAGAUCUCAUGGAUCUCUCUCAUGUUCUGGAAAAAAUGAACCAAACACUGGCUUCUCUGUCAUCUAAUUCUCGCAAGAUCACAAACAAAGAGAAAGCGGUCCAGGAUGUUUUAAUGCUUCAGCAAAGACAUGAAAAUGCUAUGAGACAAGCUAAAGUUAGACAAGCCUCGCUAGAGACUCAUCUAGCACAGUGGCAAAGACUGGAGAAGGAUCUAUCUACCUUCUUGACCUGGUUGGAGAGGUGUGAAGCUGCAGCCAGACCUUCGGAACAUCACAUUUCUGCUGACAGAGUCAAACUAGAAAGUGAACUACAACAAGCCCAAGAUUUGCAAGCUGAUGUUGCAUCCCACCAUCCUCUGUAUAGCAGCCUAUUGCAGUUAAAUGAGUCACUAUUUAAAAUAAGUUCCAGUGAAAGCGUGAAGACAAUUAAAAAGGACUUGGAAGAACUAGACAGAAGAUGGAAAAUUCUACCACAGACAGUUAGCAAAAGGAUAAGUUUCCUCCAAUCUGUGGUUGCUGAACAUAGGCAAUAUGAGGAGUUACUCCUCAGCUUUUCUGACUGGAUUAAGCAAUUCCUUGGUAAAUUACAUGCUACAUCGGAGAUAAAUACAUCUGAUCAACAGCCUGCUGUAUGCCACAACAAGGACCACAAAAUGGAAGUGAAAGGAAAGUACAAAGAACUGCAGAGUCUGAAGAGCCAUGUUGAAAAGCUAUGCUCUUUCAGUCGGCCAGAAGAUCACAAUGUGUUCCAAAAUAAGGCUGAAGAUUGUCUCCAGCUCUAUCAGGAGGCUAGUCAGGUAAUUGACCACCGGCAAGAUGUUCUGCCCCAUCUCAAGGCCUUCCUAGAUCUACAUACUGCUGCAUCACGUGUACUUCACCACUUGAGACAAAUGGUAGAAACUGCUGGGAACAUAGACAAGUCUAAAUCUGAAGUGUUAGAGAAGGAGCUGAGUGAGGUUAUUCAAGAUGUCAGCAAACUGGAAUCUAAAGCAGCCAGUUUGGAUGCAUCCCUCACUAAAGCUCAGUAUCAUCUAAAACAUGGCAGCUCUGAGCAAAGGACCUCCUGCAGGACUAUUGCUGACAGUGUCUGUAUGGAACUGGAAUCCAUCCAGUCUUUGCUGGGAACUAAGCAGAGCGAAGCAGAAGCCCUUGGAGCUCUGCAUACAUCUGUCAUGGAGCGAAAAGAGCAUCUGUUAAAAAGCAUUGAAGACCUCGAAGAAAGGGCUGACAAAGAAGGACUGAAAGAACCAAGCCUUCAGGAAGUUCAGCAAAGAUUAAGGAUUUUUAAUCAGUUGGAUGAUGAACUGAAUUCUCACCAGCAUGAACUGAAAUGGUUGAUGAGCAAAGCAAAGCAAAUAGCUCAAAAAGACAUCAGCCUUGCUCCAGCAGUUGACAAAGAGAUCAAUUGUUUGGAAGCCACCUGGGAGGAUACUAAGAAGCUAAUCCAGGAAAGGCAGGAGCAGUGUUGUGUCCUUGUUGAUCUGAUGAGAGACUAUCAGAGCCUAAAAUCCACAGUAACUAAAGCCAUAGAAGUUGCCAGCAAUAUAACAAUGACCAAGGCCAUGUUAAAAGACCAGGAAGAUAUGAGAUGGGUUUUAUCAAAGCAUGAAGCAGCCAGGAAUGAGCUAAAUGACAGACAGACUGAGUUGGAUGCCUUCACUAACAAAGGAAAACACUUAUUAGCAGAGCUGAAAAAGAUUCAGAACUGCGAUCCCCUGCUGGUGAAAGCUGAUAUGGACAGUACCGUGGACAAAUGGCUAGAUGUGUCAGAGAAACUUGAAGAUCGCGUAGAUAGGCUGAGCGUUAGUGUUUCCCUGUGGGAAGAUGUGCUGGCAGGCGGUGAUGAUAUUGAUGGAUGGUGCAACAACUCCAUCUCGCAGUUGAAUGACAUCAUAAGCAACUUGGCCAGCUGCCAGGGAAUUGAUGCCUUCUUGGAAGAAUUUCAGAUUCAGACUGACCACAAAGAACAGAAUUUGGAGCAAAUCAAUUCAAAAAUAUCUGAAAUUAAAGAACUGAUAAGUACAGAAGCACUUCCCACAAACCUUCAGUUUUUAGAAGUUGAUUUGAGGAAAAAACUGGUACAUGUCAAAGAAAUGUGUGAGACAGCAAAAGAAACACUGAAAGAUUUCAAUUCUCAGAAGAAGCAGUUACAUACCUUUGUUAAUCAGAUGGAAGACUGGCUUACCAAAAUGGAAGAAUCACUUUUAAGCUGCUCUCAUAGCCAGGAUCCAGCAGAUCUAAGUGCAGUCAAGAAAAUGCAAAAGGAGCUUCAGCAACAGCAGAGCAACUUUGAUUCCACACAGGAAACCCUGAACUGCCUCUGCCGCAAAUAUCCAUCUAUGGAGCUGGAGACACUUGGGGGCAGUAUCACUUCACUGAUAAAGAAGUAUGAGGCUGUGAACCAGCUAAGCUUGAAAACGCAGGCUGCCGUGCAGGAGUCCCUGGAAAAACACUUCCGAGAGUCUCUACAUGGAUUUCAGAAUUGGUAUUCUCAUCUGAAGGCUGCUGUAAAAGACUUAAGCAUUACUUCUGGGGACAGUAAAGCCAUUGAAGCAAAACUCCAUGAACUGCAGAAAGUGUUGGACUCUGUUAGCGAAGGAAGGAGCAAACUGGGUGCAGCUUCCCGGGAAGGAGAACAGUUGUGUAGUUACCUGCCCAAAUCUUCAGUGACUGGCAUCCAAGAACAGAUAGCUAAAGCUCAUCAAGAUUUUGAGGGGUUUCUGAAACAGUGCUUGAGAGAUAAACAAACUCUGGAAGAAUGUGUUGCUGAACUGAGAAGCUUUGAGGAUCUGUGCAAGAACCGGAGUCUGUGGCUCCAUGAAAUGGAGGAAAGGAUAAGCACAGAAGCUUUGGGCGACAGCAAACAGCAUAUCCCUGAUAAGAAAAACGAGGUGCAGAAAGUAGAAGCAUUUCUGGAGGAGCUUCUAGUUGCAAGAGAGUCCUUUGAUAAACUUACUCAGAAGGCACAGGCUUUAAAUGAAAAAGGAUGCAGUGCUGGGCAGGAGGUCCGUCUGGCUUCUCAGCAUUUUUCUGCUUAUCAGAACCUAAUCAAAGCAGUAAAGGAAAAGCUGCGGGCCUCUCAGGUGGCCCUCCAGGAGCACCAAGCUUUGGAAGAAGCUCGGCAGACCAUGUGGACAUGGGUGAAAGAUGUGCAAGAAAAGCUGGCCUUUUCAGAGGGCACCAUUGGGAGCAAAGUUAUGUUAGAGAAACGGCUCUUGCAAAUCCAGGACAUCCUUUUAAUGAAAGGCGAGGGAGAGGUCAAGUUAAACAUGGCCUUUGGCAAAGGUGAACAAGUCCUUAAAAGUAGCAACGAGGAAGGGCAGAAUGUGAUACAGAACCAACUGCAAACAUUAAAAGAUCUCUGGAGCAGCAUUAUCAGCACGUCCGUGAGCUGUCAAAGUUUGCUGGAAUCUGUGAUUAAUAAGUGGAACGACUAUCUGGAGAGGAAAAGUCAGCUGGACCAAUGGUUGGAGUCAGUAGACCACAAAGUGGAACAGCCUUUGGAGCUGCAGAAUGGCUUGAAAGAGAAAUUUUCCCAGCUCGACUACUUCCAAGCUAUUGUUUCAGAAGUGGAAGAUCAUUCUAAAGACCUGCACCAACUCAUGGGAAAAGCUAAAGAGCUGCAUGAGAAAACAGAAGAUGCUUCUUUCAGCGAAGUUGCUCAAGAGGAGCUGAAAACACAAUUCAAUGACAUUACAACAGUAGUCAAGGAAAAAAUGAGAAGAGUAGAAGAUAUUGUCAAGGACCAUUUACUAUACCUUGAUGCAGUGCAUGAAUUUACUGACUGGCUUCAUUCAGCAAAAGAAGAGCUUCACCGCUGGUCAGACACAUCAGGGGAUUCAACAGCUAUACAGAAAAAACUGGCCAGAAUUAACGGGCUGAUAGAUUCCAGACAGACGGGUGAGAGCCGCCUAAACAGAGUUCAAAUGCUGGCUCCUGCCGUGAAAAAGAACACAACUAUUCAGGGGUGCAAACGCAUAGACGCCGAAAUGCAGGCCCUUCAGUCCGACUGGAAGCAGUGGGAAGAAAGUGCGCUCCAAACCCAAAGCACCUUGAAGGAGCUGGAUAGUCAGAUGGCUUUGUCAGAGCAGGAGUUCACCACGCAGGCUGCCGGUUUGGAAGAGGCCCUCCAGCACUUCAGCACACUUCUUGCAGCCUGGUCCGACAGUCUCACCCAUCUGGAUAGUAAGCACACAGACAAAGAGGUAGUGGAAUGCUGGCAGCGGGAAAAGGAAACGCUUGAUGGCCUGACAAAGGCAGAGCAUAUGAAUGAUGAUAUUAAGACUCAAUUAAAUGAUCUUUGUCGGUUUUCCAAAGAUUUGAGUACAUAUUCUGCAAAGGUAUCCCAGUUAAUUAAGGAAUAUAACAGUCUUUGUCUACAAGCUUCGAAAAGUUGCCAAAGUAAAGAGCAGGCCUUACAGCAGAGAUUCAGGACAGCCUUCAGAGAUUUCCAGCAGUGGCUGGUCAAUUCCAAAAUCACUACUGCCAAAUGUUUUGAUGUGCCCCAAACUGUCAGCGAAGCUGCGGCCAACAUGCAGAAAAUACAGGAAUUCUUAUCUGAAACUGAAAGCGGCCAACAGAAAUUAAACUUGGUGGUGUCCAAAGGAGAACUAUUAAGUUCUAUUUUGCCUAAAGAAAAAGCUAAAUCUAUCCAAGCUAAAGUUGUUUCAGCUAAAGAGGAUUGGAAGAAGUUUAUUUCCACCCUACACCAGAAGGAAACAGCUUUGGAGAACUUAAAGAUCCAAAUGAAAGACUUUGAAACUAAUGCAGAACCUCUUCAAGACUGGCUAAAUAAAACCAAGGAAAUGGUGCAAGAAAGCAGUAAUCGUCUGUUUGACCUUCCAGCUAAAAGGAGAGAACACCAGAAACUACAGUCUGUCCUUGAGGAAAUAACGUGUCAUGAGCCUCAGCUCAACAGGCUAAAAGAAAAAGCUCAGCAGCUUUGGGAAGAACAAGCUGCCAGCAAAAACUUCAUGCACAGAGCAUCUCAGCUAUCUUCUCAAUAUCUUGCUCUGAGCAAUGUAACAAAGGAAAAGGUCUCCAGAAUGGACAGAAUUGUAGCAGAGCACCAACAGUUCUCUCAUGGUCUGAAAGAGCUUCAGGACUGGAUGGCAGAUGCCAUUGAGAUGCUAGAGUCUUACUGCCAUCCCACAGCAGACAAAAAUGCCCUUGAUAGUAGAAUGGCAAAGCUUGAGGGGCUGCUUUCAGUAAAACAAGAUAAAGAAAUACAAAUGAAAAUGGUGCUGACAAGAGGAGAAUCUGUUUUGCAAAAUACAUCACUUGAAGGAGUGCCUGUCAUUGAACAACAGUUAAGAACACUUAAGGACACCUGGGCUUCCCUUUUGUCGGCUUGCAUUCAGUGUAAAAGCCAGCUGGAAGGAGCACUGUCCAAAUGGACAAGUUAUCAGGAUGAUGUUCGACUGUUUACUAGUUGGAUGGACAAAGUGGAAUCAAUCAUGAAUGCUUCAGAAAGGCAGUGUGCUGAACUGAGAGAAAAAAACGCUUCACUUAGCAAAUCUAAGUUACUUAAGGAAGAAGUAUUUAGUCACAGUACACUGCUAGAGACAAUUGAAGUUAAAGGCAUGAGCAUGACUGAACAUUAUGUAACUCAGCUUGAACUUCAGGACCUCCGAGAGAGAUACCAACUUCUCAAAGAAAAGAUAAUGGAAACAAUAACUAAAGCUGAGGAAUUGGUUCAUUUGCAUCAUGAAUAUCAAAGGAAUCUGAAGGCCUUUGAAGUAUGGCUAGAAAAAGAACAGGAGAAACUCAACUGUUUAUCACAUCUUGAAGGUGAUGCAGAGAGACAUGAAGCAACACUUCGAGAACUCCAGGAAUUACAAGUGCAUUGUGCUGAGGGACAGGCUUUGCUUAAUGCAGCACUCCAUGUUAGAGAAGAAAUAAUCCCAUGGGGUAUACCCCAGUUAGAAGAUAGAGUACUAGAAUCUGUACGUCAAGACUGGACAAUCUAUCAACACAAGCUUGCUGAAGUCAGGACUCAAUUAAACACUACCUUAAGCAGACUAAGGCUGAUGGAGAACAAAUUUUUGAAGGCUGAUGACUGGCUCAAAACUCUGGAGGAGAAAGUUAAUAUCAGGACUGGUCGGCAGUCUGACAGGGCUACAAAGGAGAUGCAGCUUCAACAAAUGAAGAAAUGGCAUGAGGAAUUAACAGUCUAUAAAGAUGAAGUUGAAGAAGUUGGACUAUUGGCCCAGCAAAUCCUCGAGGAGAGUCAUACUUCUAGUAGGAUGGGAAGACAAGCUACCCACCUUGCUUCUCGGUACCAAGCCCUUAUUCUUCACGUACUGGAGCAAAUAAAAUUCCUUGAAGAAGAAAUUCGAAGUAUGGAGGAAUCUGAACUGGCUUUCAGUGCUUACAAAGAAUGGUUUGGAGCUACUCUCAGGAAAUUCAAAAGUAUGGUGGCAAAGUCUAAUGUAGUAGAUAAAGCAGCAAUGGAGAAAAAAAUGCAGAAACUUGAGGACCUCAUGAGUGACAUGGAUGUUGGUCACAGUUUGCUGAAAUCUGCCCGUGAGAAAGGAGAGAGAGCUAUUAAGUUUAUGAAGGGAAAUGAAGCUGAACAAUUAAAAAAAGAGAUUAGUGAUUGUGUGGAGCAACUUGAUGACACAACCUGCUCUAUCAGGAAAGAGCACACAACCUUAGAGAAGUGUCUCCACUUAACCAAAGAAUUCUUAGAUAAGUACAAAAUACAGACUCAGUGGCUUUCAGAGUAUCAGAUCAUACUGCACAAUACAGUGGAUCCCAAAAUGGAAUUAUAUGAGAAAAAGGCACAGUUAUCGAAAUAUAAGACAAUCCAGCAGGCUGUACUGUCACAUGAGCCUUCAAUAAAAUCUGUGACAGAAAAAGGAGAAAGUCUCCUUGAACUGGUGCGCGAUGCUAAUUUGGCAGAAAACAUUCAGAAACUCCAAACUGAAUACCAGGAGCUCUGCAACACAGCAAAGGCACACGUUGUAAUCUUGGAGGUGAAAGUAAAACAGCAUGAAGAGUAUCACAGCGACUUGCAAGAUGUGGAGAAGUGGUUGUUGCAGAUGUCCAGCAGGCUGGUUACUCCUGACCUGAUGGAGAACAGUAGUCUAGAAGUUGUAACGCAGUAUUUGGCAAAUCACAAGGCAAUGAUGGAAGAAAUUGCUGGAUUUGAAGAUCGCCUGAACAGCCUUAAAAGCAAGGGAGAUUACUUGAUCAAUGAGUGUGCAGAACACCUUCAAGCAAAAUUUAAGCAAAAUAUAGAAACCCAUCUGCAGGGAACAAGGGAUAGCUAUUCAGCAAUAUGUAGCACAGCUCAGAGAGUGUACCAGAGUUUGGAGCUUGAACUGCAGAAGCAUGUUAACCAUCAAGACACCCUUCAGCAAUGUAAGGUUUGGCUCUCUGCAGUUCAGCCAGAGUUAAAGCCAAGUCCUCGUCCACCUUUUAGCCUGGCAGAUGCUGUUAAGCAGGUUAAGCAUUUCAGAGCUCUGCAGGAACAAGCAAGCACCUAUUUGGAUCUGUUAUGCUCCAUGUGUGAUUUAUCAGACAGCACUGUGAAAAAUAUAGCAACAGACAUCCAACUAACAAAGCAAACGAUUGAAGAUCGGAUAAUGAACUCUCAGUACCUUGCUCAGGGCUGGGAGGAAAUCAAACAAAUGAAGGCAGAGCUUUGGAUAUAUUUCCAGGAUGCAGAUCAGCAACUGCAAAAUAUGAAGAGAAGAGGGGCAGAGCUGGAACUAAACAUUGCUCAGAAUAUGGUUUUGCAGGUGAAGGAAUUCAGUCAGAAGCUGCAGUCGAAGCAGGGAGCUUUGACGGCUGUGACUGAAAAAGUGAGCAAACUAACCCAAGGACAGGAGUCACCUGAGCACAAGGAAGUAGGACACUUGAGCAACCAUUGGUUGGACCUUUGCCUUCAAACCAGCAACGUACUCCUACAUAGGGAAGAGGCUCUUCAGAGGACAAAGGAUUAUCACGAUCAUCUAAAUGUAGUAGAAGUCUUCCUGGAAAAGUUUACACAGGAAUGGGACCAUUUGGCAAGAUCAGAUGCUGAAAGUACAGCUACGCAUCUUGAGGCUUUGAAAAAGCUAGCAGUGGCUCUGCAGGAGAGACGGUUUGCUCUUGAAGAUUUAAAAGAUCAGAAACAGAAGAUGACCGAACAUUUAAAUCUGGAUGACAGAGAGCUAGUAAAAGAACAGACGGGACACUUUGAGCAGCGCUGGAUGCAGCUAGAGGACCUUAUCAAGAGGAAAAUACAACUGUCUGUCACCACUUUAGAAGAGCUGAGUAUGGUCCAGGCUAAACUUCAGGAAUUAAUGGAGUGGGCAGAAGAGCAGCAGCCUAGCAUCUCUGAAGCUCUCAAACACAGUCCACCCCCUGAGCUGGCUCAAAACUUCCUCAUGGAUCACCUCACCAUUUGCAGUGAAGUGGAAGCCAAGCAGCUUGUUUUGAAAGGGCUUAUAAAAGAUACUGAUAGGGUGAUGACUAAUUUAGGGCUUAAUGAAAGACAGAUGCUCCAGAAAUGCCUGUCAGAGGCCCAGAAUCAUGUGGAUUGCCUGAGUGAUCUGGUUGGGCAGAGGAGAAAGCACCUGAAUAAGGCAUUAUCUGAAAGGACUCAGUUCCUCCUGGCAGCUUUUCAGGCAAUGAAUCAGAUUCAACAACAUGAGAAAAAGGUAAUGUUCCAUGAGCAUAUCUGUUUGCUGCCGGAAGAUGUAGGCAAACAGAUCAGGACUUGUAAGAGUACACAAGCCAGCCUCAAGGCCUACCAGAGUGAAAUCUCAGGACUGUGGUCUCAAGGGAGGGAUCUAAUGAAGGAAACGACAGAACAAGAUAAGAGUGAGGUGUUAGAUAAGCUGCAAGAGCUACAGAACAUGUAUGAUGCUAUUUUGCAAAAAUGUAGCCAGCGACUUUUAGAACUUGAGAAACACAUGGUUUCUAGGAAAUACUUCAAGGAAGAUUUGGAUAAAGCAUGCCACUGGUUAAAGCAAUCUGAUAUUGUUUCAUUCCCAGAGAUCAAUUUAAUGAAUAGCAAUUCUGAACUUUAUUCCCAACUAGCAAAGUAUCAGCAGAUUCUUGAGCAGUUUCCUGAAUAUGAAAACCUUCUGCUGAUACUACAAAGAGAUGGCCAGGAGAUCUUACCAUCACUUAAUGAAAUGGAUCGUUCCUAUCUUGAAGAAAAACUUAGUGCCUUGCCUCACCAAUGUAAUGUGAUUGUUUCGCUAGCUAAAGACAAAUUCUGUAAAGUCCAAGAAGCAAUUCUGGCUCGUAAAGAAUAUGCAUCAUUAAUUGAAUUGACAACAAAGGCACUGUCUGAAUUGGAAGAUCAAUUUGUUAACAUGCAUAAGACUCCUUCUACCCUUUUAGCCAAAGAAGUUGUGUCACUCCAACAGGAUUACAGAAGUGUGCUAACUGAAGUCAUAAAUCUUGGUGCUGCAGUAGAUGAAUUGAACCAGAAGAAGGAAGCAUUUCGGAGCACUGGGCAACCUUGGCUACCAGAAGAGAUGUUGCUGCUCACAACCUUGUAUCACAAACUAAAAAGGCAAAUAGAACACAAAGUGAACCAGUUAGAAGAUAUGAUGGAUGCAUAUCAGGAGCAUGAGAAAAUGUGUGAUCAACUUGAGAUGCAACUAAAUUCUGUAAAAGAAGAACAAGCAAAAGUAAAUGAAGAAACCCUCCCAGCAGAAGAAAAACUGAAAAUGUAUCAUUCCUUGGCUGGCAAUUUGCAAGAUGCUGGUAUUAUUUUGAAACGUAUUGCUGAACAUCUUGAGAUGCUUUCUUCUCAGCUUGACCCAUCUGUGCAUGAGGGGGCAAACCAUCAGGUACGAACUUGGCAGGAGAUGCUGAAGACAUUGCAUACUGCCAUUGGUGAUACUGUGAUUGAGUGUGAGAACAGGCUAGUACAAAGCAUAGAUUUCCAAACUGAAAUAAGUCGCUCACUUGACUGGCUGAGGCACAUUAAGGCAGAACUGAAUGAUCCAUUGAAGACUGAUUUAAAACUGAAUAAUAUUCAAGAAGAGAUCCGUAAAGUUCAGAUCCUGCAGGAAGAAGUACAGUCUAGCCUAAGGAUAAUGAGAGCUUUAAGCAAUAAAGAAAAAGAGAAGUACACGAAGGCUAAAGAGCUGAUACCAGCUGACCUAGAAAACAGCCUUGCUGAACUCUGUGAACUUGAUAGUGAAGUCCAAGACGCAAUACACAAGAAGCAGGAAAAAUUGACUAAAUUAUUUAGUCUGUGCCAAAGGUACUACCAGGUUGCUCAGAUUGCUAGCGAUUGGCUUGAAGAUGCUCAGGAAUUGCUACAGUUAUCACGAAAUGGCCUUGAUAUGGAGAACUCGGAGGAAAACUUACGAAACCAUAUAGAUUUUUUUAGCACUGAAAAGCAAUUCCAAGUCCAUUUGGAAGCAUUACGGACACUUGUUUCUGACAUGGAGCCAUUUCUUCAAGACACAGGAAAACAGGAGAUGGCACAGAAUGUGGAGGCUUUAGAAAAGAAGGGGAUAGAAUCACAAGAGGACGCACAAUCCCAGAAAGAGUUAUUACAAAGGUGUGCUUUCCAGUGGCAAGAAUAUCAGAUAGAAAGGCAGUAUGUCAUUGACUUGAUGAAUGAGAAUGAGAAGAAUUUAUCUGAAUUUUCUCUAGCUAAAGCCACUUCCAAUCUUGAAGCAGAAGGAAAAUUAACGUCACAUAAGUCACUGGUGUCUAUAGUAAAUUCUUUCCAUGAGAAGAUCACUUCACUGGAGGACAAGGCAUGUCACCUAGAGAAAAUAGGCAAUGAUGCCAGCAAGGCAACUAUAAGUAGAUCCAUGACAACUGUUUGGCAGCGGUGGACAAGGCUCCGAAGUGUCGCCCAAGAGCAAGAGAGAAUUUUGGAAGAAUCAUUGCAGAAAUGGAAUGUAUUUAAUGAUAAGAUGCAAAAAGCAACAGAUACUCUAGAUCAGCUGCAAGAUCGCCUACCAGAUAGCUCAGUAGAAAAGGCCUCGAAGAAUGAACUUCUGGAUCUUCUGGAUUAUCACAGUAAUUUCAUUCUGGAACUGGAACAGCAACUGUCAUCUUUGGGUCUGCUCAAGCAGCAUGCUUUUAGCAUGCUGCGGGACAUAGAGGCGGCAUCUGGCUCCCAAGAUCAAAUGCCCAUAAUGCAAGAAAUCAAAGCAAUGCAAGACAGAUGCCACAACAUGCAACAAAAGGUGAAAAGAAGUGGUAAGGUUAUUAAACAAGAAUUGAAGGAACGUGAAGAAGUUGAAAGAGAGAUUAAUAAAGUGAAGUCUUGGAUUCAGGAAGCCAGAGAAUAUUUGUUAAACCCUACAAUAGAAGUAGAUGCUCAACUUGAGGAAUUGCAGACUCUUCUGAAUGAAGCAACUAUUCACCGUCAGGCUGUUGAGAAAAUGGCUGAACAGCAGCAGAAUAAAUAUCUGGGACUUUAUACCAUUUUACCUUCUGAACUUUCUCUUCAGUUAGCUGAAGUGGGAUUGGCACUUGUAAAUAUACAUGAACAGAUUCAAGCCAAAGAAAAGGAUGCUCAGCAGAGCAAGAUGUUAAAUCAUGAAUUUGGUCACAAGAUUCAAGAGAUAGCAAAAGAGCUCAAUUCAAUACUAUUGAAACUGAAAGAAAAAACAAAUAACAUAACACAAGCUAAAAUGGAUCAGAAGCUCCUGGCUGAGGAAUUGGACAGCUGUAACAUAAAGCUUGUGGAACUAGAUGCAGCUGUCCAGGACUUUGCAGAGCACAAUCCUCAGCUAGCUAAACAACUCACUGGCAGGAUUGGCAAACUUACAGCGCUCCACCAGCAAACUAUUAGGCAGGCUGAGUACAGGGCAUCCAAGCUCAAUCAGGCCAUUUCACACUUAGAUGAAUACAAUGAGAUGCUAGAAUUCAUACUGAAAUGGAUUGAAAAAGCUAACAUUUUAGUUCAUGGUAACAUCACAUGGAAUUCUGCUACUCAACUGCGUGAUCAAUUUAUGUCUCAUCAGGCCAUGCUUGAAGAGUCUGGUGAGAUCCAUGGGGAUAUUGAAGCCAUGAACGAAAAGAUAGAAUAUUUGGCAAGUGUAUAUUUGACUGAAGGGAUGUCUCAGCAAGUGACUGAGCUUGGGCGCCAGACUGAAGAGUUACAGCAAGUGAUCAGACAGCGACUACAGAAUGUUCAAGAUGCAGCCAAGGACAUGAAGAAAUUUGAAAUUGAAGUAAAGGCUCUUCAGACAGCAUUAGAGCAAGCCCAAACCACUCUAACUUCUUCAGAGAUUAGCCGUUUGAGUCUGAAAGAGCAACUUUCUCACAGACAACAUCUGCUUUCUGAAAUGGAGUCACUGAAGCCAAAGGUUCAUGCUGUGCAGAUCUGUCAGAGUGCUUUACGAAUUCCAGAAGAAGUGGUCACCAGCCUACCAAUUUGUCACACUGCCCUCAGGCUGCAGGAAGAGGCAAGUCAUCUACAACACACAGCUAUCCAGCAAUGCAACAUAAUGCAGGCAACAGUAGUACAGUAUGAGCAAUAUGAGCAAGAGAUGAAACAUUUACAGCAACUGAUAGAGAGAGCACAUCGAGAGAUCCAGGACAAGCCCAUCACAACAAGUAACAUUCAAGAAUUGCAAGACCAGAUUUCACGCCAUGAGGAGCUGGCUCAGAAGAUCAGAGGCUACCAGGAACAAAUAGCAUCUUUGAAUUCUAAGUGCAAGAUGCUAACAAUGAAAGCUAAGCAUGCCACUAUGCUGCUAACAGUGACAGAAGUGGAAGGACUUUCAGAAGGAAUGGAGGAACUGGAUUCAGAACUGCUCUCAACACACUCUGCUCACCCCUCUGUAGUUAUGAUGACUGCUGGUCGCUGUCACACACUUCUGUCACCUGUUACUGAGGAGUCUGGGGAAGAGGGAACCAACAGUGAGAUUUCUUCUCCACCUGCCUGUCGCUCUCCUUCACCUGUGGCUAAUACAGAUGCUUCUGUUAACCAGGACAUUGCUUAUUAUCAAGCCUUAUCUGCUGAACAGUUGCAGAUAGAAGCUUCCAGGAUUCAACCCAGCACCUCAUCCAGUCAGGAGUCCUGUGAACCGGGAUUAGAGUUAGCCACCAGUGCCAAGCUAGAUGAUUUGCAACGCUCUUGGGAAACACUGAAGAAUGUGAUUAGUGAAAAACAGCGCACCCUCUAUGAAGCCCUUGAACGUCAGCAGAAGUACCAAGACUCCCUCCAGUCUAUAUCUACAAAAAUGGAAACCACUGAGGUGAAAUUAAAUGAGACUCUGGAGGCUGGCAAGAGUCCAGAAAGCCAGAUGGCUGAACACCAGGCAUUGAUGGAUGAAAUUCUGAUGCUUCAGGAUGAAAUCAGUGAACUGCAAAUAGCAUUAGCAGAGGAGCUGGUCUCUGAACCACUGGAUACAGAUGCUGCUGAUCAAUUAGCUCUGCAGUCCACACUCACUGUGUUAGCAGAGAGGAUGGCCACUAUUAAAAUGAAAGCUUCAGGGAAACGGCAGCUGCUUGAGGAAAAACUCAAUGAGCAACUAGAAGAACAGCGGCAAGAGCAAGCUCUGCAAAGAUAUCGCUCUGAAGCAGAUGAACUUGACCACUGGCUCCUGAAUACAAAAGCCACGUUAGACACGACAUUGGUUACCAUUGAAGAGCCUAUGGAUAUGGAUUCUCAGCUGGUUGAUUGCCAGAAUAUGCUUGUGGAAAUUGAACAGAAGGUAGUGGCUUUGUCUGAGCUGUCGGUACACAAUGAAAACCUUCUCAUGGAAGGAAAAGCUCAUACCAAGGAUGAGGCUGAGCAGCUGGCAAUAAAGCUCAGAACACUAAAGGGAAGCCUUUUGGAGUUGCAGAGAGUCCUCCAUGACAAGCAGAUCAACAUCCAAGGAACUCUACAGGAAAAGGAAGAAUGUGAAUCAGAUUUGGCCCUCUCUCAAAGUCCCAGUGUUCAAGAAUGGCUGGCACAGGCAAGGAUGACCCGUUCACAGCAACAGCAAAGCAGCCUACAGAGACAGAAAGAGCUAGAAAAAGAGCUAGCAGAGCAAAAGAAUCUACUCCGCUCAGUGGCAAGUCGUGGGGAGGAAAUUCUAACACAGCAAUCUUCUCCAGAUUACCUUUGCCCUAGCAAGAAGCCCGAUGUAUUAACUCAAGAGUUGAGCUUCGAAGGAGAGAAACCAUCAGUUGAAGAUCAAAUGAAAAUGAAGUGGGAAAGCCUUCAUCAAGAAUUCAGCAUUAAGCACAGGCUUCUGCAGAACGCUCUGGAACAAGAACAGGAGCAGCCAGUUUACAGUAGACCAAACAGACUUAUGUCUGGCAUGCCACUCUACAAACAAGAAGGGCAGAGUCAAGAUAAACCAUCAGUUACAUCUUUAUUGGUUGGUUUGAAUGAUGCUUUUGAAGAAGUCUCUUCCCAGGAUGAAGGCGCAGAGGAGGGGAGCCUGCACUUUGAGCAAAAGUUGUACAGUGGUGUUUCAGCCACCUCUUCCUGGCUAGAUGGUGUAGAAGAGCGUUUAUUAAUUCCAACAGCCCUUUUACCUGAAGUGACAGAAACCUGUGUUUAUAAUCAGCAGACUCUUGCUAAAGAUAUCAAGGAGAUGACAGAAAGAAUGGAUAAGAACAAGAAUUUGUUUUCUCAAAUGUUUCCUGAGAAUGCUGAAAACAAAGGUGUUAUUGAAGACACCUUGGAUUGUUUACUAAGUAGAUUAAUAUUACUGGAGACACUGAUAAAUCAAAGAUGCCAACAGAUGAAAGAAAGACUCCAGCAUAUAUUGAGUUUUCAGAAUGAUCUGAAGCUGAUGUUUACAUCAUUGGCUGAUAACAAGUAUAUUGCCCUGCAGAAACUAGCUGAAGCGGUUGAACGUCCUGAAACAGAACAAAUGCAGGCUAUUCAACAAGCAGAAGAUGCACUGAAAGAACUAGAUGCAGGAAUCAGUGAAUUAAAGAAACGUGGGGAUAAACUGCAGAUUGACCAACCUUCCAUGCAAGAGUUGUCUAAACUUCAGGAUAUGUAUGAUGAGUUGAUAAUGAUCAUAGGAUCACGACGUACGGGACUGAACCAAAAUCUGGCACUUAAGGGUCAGUAUGAACAAGCACUGCAGGAUCUGGCUGACCUGAUGGAAACUGGAAAAGAAAAGAUGGCAGUUGACCAGAAAAUGAUUGUUUCCUCCAAAGAGGAAGUCCAAAUGCUUCUUGACAAGCACAAGGAAUAUUUUCAGGGUCUGGAGUCACACAUGAUCCUGACAGAAACACUUUUCAGGAAGAUAAGCAGUUUUGCUGUUGUAAGGGAAACUCAGUUCCAUGUGGAAUUGAUGGCAGAAGCCUCUGCUGUAUUAAAGCAGGCCCAUAAGAGGGGAGUGGAGCUGGAAUAUAUUCUUGAGACGUGGACACAUCUGGAAGGUCAUUAUCAGGAACUCACAAGGCAGCUGGACACUGUUGAAACCAGCAUUCCAAGUGUUGGUUUGGUAGAAGAGUCUGAGGAGAGGCUUGCAGAUCGGAUUGCACUUUAUCAGCAUCUGAAAUCUAGCCUUAAUGAAUACCAGCCCAAACUUUAUCAAGUAUUGGAUGAUGGGAAAAGACUACUGUUCUCUGUCACCUGUUCCGAAUUGGAAAGUCAGCUCAAUCAGCUAGGGGAACAUUGGUUAAAUAAUACCAGCAAAAUCACCAAGGAAUUGCAUAGACUGGAAACUAUACUUAAACACUGGACAAGAUAUCAAAGUGAGUCAGCUGAGCUGAUUCACUGGCUCCAGACAGCAAUGGAUCGUCUGGAGUUCUGGACCCAGCAAUCAGUUACAGUCCCUCAAGAACUGGAAAUGGUCCGAGAUCACUUGAAUGCUUUUUUGGAAUUUUCAAAAGAGGUUGAUGCAAAGUCAUCCCAGAAGUCUACUGUUCUGAGCACUGGAAACCAACUCCUCCGGCUAAAGAAGGUGGACACUGCAUCUUUGCGGGCAGGACUAUCGCAGAUUGACAACCAGUGGACAGAGCUGCUCACGCAGAUUCCUAUUGUGCAAGAAAAACUGCAUCAGCUUCAAAUGGACAAGCUUCCUUCUCGCCAUGCUAUCACGGAAGUCAUGAGUUGGAUUUCACUGAUGGAAAAUGUCAUUUCUGAGGAUGAGGAAAAUAUAAAAAAUGUAGUAGGACAUAGAGUUAUUCUGGCUUAUCUUCAGAAAUAUAAGGGUUUUAAGAUCGAUGUAAACUGUAAACAGUUAACGGUGGACUUCGUUAACCAGUCGGUACUACAGAUUAGCAGUCAGGACGUGGAAAGUAAGCGCAGUGACAAGACUGAUUUUGCAGAACAACUUGGAGUGAUGAACAGGCGUUGGCAAGUCCUGCAGGGCCUGAUAACAGAAAAGAUUCAAUUGUUGGAAGGUUUUCUGGAAUCCUGGACAGAAUAUGAAAACAGCAUUCAGUCCCUGAAAACUUGGUUUGAAACUCAGGAGAUGAGACUGAAGGAUCAACAGAGAAUUGGAGAUCAGGCUUCAGUUCAGAAUACCCUGAAAGACUGUCAGGAACUAGAAGAGCAAAUAAAAGCAAAAGAGAAGGAAGUUGAAAAAGUAGAACAGAGUGGACUUUCCUUGAUACAAAAUAAAAAAGAAGAAGUGUGUGCUACUGUCAUGGAUACACUUCAAAAACUAAACCAUUCUUGGGCAAAUUUGGACCACAUGGUUGGCCAGCUGAAAAUCUUUUUGCAGUCUGUCCUUGAUCAGUGGAGCAUUUACAAAGCAGCUUAUGAAGAGCUGAAUAGCUACCUCAUGGAAGCCAGAUAUUCUCUUUCUCGCUUUCAUCUCCUUACAGGUUCUUUGGAAGCAGUGAAAGUCCAAGUAGAUAACCUUCAAAAUUUGCAGGAUGAAUUGGAAAAACAAGACCAUAGCUUACAGAAAUUUGGAUCAGUGACCAAUCAGUUACUGAAAGAGUGUCACCCACCUGUUACAGAAGCACUUAACAACACUUUGAAAGAAAUGAACUUGAGGUGGAACAACCUUCUCGAAGAGAUUGCAGAGCAUCUACACUCCAGUAAGGGUCUACUUCAGCUUUGGCAGAAGUACAAAAACUAUUACACACAGUGCUCUUCCACAGUUCAGCAGUAUGAGGAUCGAACAAAUGAACUUCUGAAGGCUACAGCCAACAAGGACAUUGCUGAUGAUGAAGUUACUGUUUGGAUUCAUGAUAGCAAUGACCUACUUAAAGGCAUGAAGACCGUCCAAGACUCUUUGUUUGUUCUGCAUGAACUGGGGGAACAGCUGAAGCAACAGGUCGACUCUUCUGCAGCAGCAGCGAUCCAGUCUGGUCAGCUCUCUCUAAUACAGAAUGUAUCUUCUUUAGAACAGGCUCUUGGUAGGCAGCAGUCUAUCUUACAGGCUGGAGUUCAAGAUUAUCAGACAUUUACUAAGAGCCUAGGUGGGCUGGAGGGCUGGAUAACACAAGCGGAAGAAGUACUGAAAGCACAAGACCCAACCCAUUCAUCUGAACUGUCUGCUAUCCGGAAUAGAAUGGAAGAGCUUAAACGUCAGAUGUUAAAAUUCAGCAGCAUGGCACCAGAUUUAGAUCGUCUAAAUGAGCUGGGAUAUAGGCUACCUCUGAAUGAUAAAGAAAUCAAAAGGAUGCAAAAUCUCAAUAGGCAUUGGUCCAUGAUCUCUUCACAAACCACAGAGAGAUUCAGUAAGCUACAGUCCUUCAUGCUGCAGCAGCAGACCUUCCUAGAAAAGUGUGAGACUUGGAUGGAAUUCUUGGUUCAAACUGAGCAGAAACUGGCUGCAGAGAUUUCAGGAAACUACCAGCUUCUUUUAGAACAGCAGAGGGCACAUGAGCUAUUUCAAGCAGAGAUGUUUAGUCGCCAGCAGAUUUUACAUUCCAUCAUCAUGGAUGGUCAGCAUCUUCUUGAGCAAGGACAGGUGGAUGACAGGGAUGAGUUUAACCUGAAACUGGCCCUGCUCAGUAAUCAAUGGCAGGGGGUGAUUCGUAGAGCCCAGCAGAGGAGAGGAAUCAUUGACAGUCAGAUUCGCCAAUGGCAACGCUACAGAGAGAUGGCAGAGAAACUACGCAAGUGGCUGGUGGAAGUGUCUUGUCAGACAGCAAGUGGGCUGGGCAAUGUUCCUAUGCCAUUGCAACAAGCAAGAGCCCUGCUAGAUGAAAUGCAGCUUAAAGAGAAGGUUCUCCUUCGCCAACAAGGAAGCUACAUUUUAACAGUGGAAGGUGGGAAACAGCUGUUACUCUCUGCUGAUGGUGAAACAGAAGCCACCCUACAAACUGAACUUGCAGAAAUUCAGGAGCGCUGGAAACUAGCCAGCCUCAGACUUGAGAAACAGAAGAAACAGCUAACAUUCUUGUUAAACAACUGGGAAAAAUGUGAAAAAGGCAUAUCAGAUUCCCUAGAAAAGCUGAAAUCAUUUAAGAAGAAGCUCACCCAACCAUUGCCUGACCAUCAUGAUGAACUCCAUACAGAACAGAUUCGCUGCAAGGAACUAGAGAGUACUGCUGAGGGAUGGACGGAUGACCUUUCCCACCUGACGUUGUUAAAGGAGACUCUGUCUACUUAUAUCAGUGCAGAUGAUAUCUCUGUUCUCAGUGAGCGGAUCGAGCUGCUGCACAGACAGUGGGAAGAGCUUUGUCACCAGGUUUCUUUAAGGCGGCAGCAGGUGAGCGAGAGACUGAAUGAGUGGGCAGUCUUCAGUGAAAAAAACAAAGAGCUCUGUGAAUGGUUGACACAAAUGGAGAGCAAAGUUUCCCAAAAUGGAGAUAUUCUCAUCGAAGAAAUGAUUGAGAAACUCAGAAAGGAUUAUCAAGAUGAAAUUGCAGUUGCCCAAGAAAACAAAAUCCAGCUCCAGCAAAUGGGAGAGCGGCUUGCUAAAGCGAGCCAUGAAAGCAAAGCUUUGGAGAUAGAGUAUAAACUUGGCAAGGUCAAUGACAGGUGGCAGCAUCUUCUAGAUCUCAUUGCAGCCAGGAUGAAGAAGUUGAAGGAGACCCUGGUGGCAGUCCAGCAGCUGGAUAAGAACAUGAGCAUCUUGAGAUCUUGGCUAGCCCACAUUGAAUCAGAGUUGUCCAAACCCAUUGUCUAUGAAACCUGUGACUCCGAGGAGAUUCAAAGGAAACUAAAUGAGCAGCAGGAGCUGCAAAGGGAUAUAGAGAAGCACAGCACUGGAGUUGCAUCGGUCCUCAACCUUUGUGAAGUUCUUCUCCAUGACUGUGAUGCUUGUGCCACUGAAACAGAAUGCGACUCCAUCCAGCAGGCCACACGGAACCUGGACCGAAGGUGGCGGAAUAUCUGUGCUAUGUCAAUGGAAAGGCGACUCAAAAUUGAAGAGACAUGGCGACUGUGGCAAAAGUUCUUGGAUGAUUAUUCUCGCUUUGAAGAAUGGCUGAAAAUUUCUGAAAGGACAGCUGCCUUCCCUAGUUCUUCUGGUGUACUAUACACGAUUGCUAAGGAAGAACUAAAGAAAUUUGAGGCUUUUCAGCGUCAAGUGCAUGAAAGUCUGACUCAACUGGAACUGAUUAACAAACAGUACCGCCGCUUGGCCAGAGAGAACCGCACAGACUGGGCUUGCAGCCUCAAGCAGAUGGUCCAUGAAGGAAACCAGAGAUGGGACAACUUGCAAAAGCGAGUGACCUCUAUCCUCCGCAGGCUUAAACAUUUCAUUGGCCAGCGUGAAGAGUUUGAGACAGCACGUGACAGUAUUCUAGUCUGGCUAACAGAGAUGGACCUACAGUUGACCAACAUUGAACACUUUUCGGAGUGUGACGUUCAAGCAAAGAUAAAGCAACUCAAGGCCUUUCAGCAGGAGAUUGCACUGAACAACCACAAAAUUGAGCAGAUCAUUGCCCAGGGUGAACAGCUGAUAGAAAAAAGUGAACCUUUGGAUGCAGCUGUCAUUGAGGAGGAGCUUGAUGAACUUCGAAGAUACUGCCAAGAGGUCUUUGGCCGAGUGGAACGGUAUCACAAAAAACUAAUCCGGCUCCCACUCACAGAUGAUGAACAUGACCUAUCUGAUCACGAAGUGGAUCUGGAUGAAUCGGCAGAUCUUUCUGACAUACACUGGCAUGACAAAUCUGCAGACAGCAUUCUGUCCCCACAUCCUUCCUCCAACCUCUCACUAUCUCUCCCCCAGCCUCUCCGAAGUGAAAGGUCAGGACGGGACACUCCGGCAAGUGUAGAUUCCAUCCCCUUGGAAUGGGAUCAUGACUAUGACCUGAGCCGUGAUCUGGAGACAGCAGUUUCAAGAGCGCUGCAGUCUGAAGAAGUCGUGCAAGAAGACAAAGAUUUUUAUCUUAGAGGAGCAGCAAGCCUAGCAGAUAUAGUGAUUCCUGAGAGCCCUGAAGCCUAUGUAAAACUUACUGAAAAUGCUCUUAGAAAUAACUAUGGAGAACCAAGUACCUUGGAAACACACAUCCGCCAGCUUGACAAAGCUUUAGACACCAGUCGUUUCCAAAUACAGCAAACCGAGAACAUCAUCCGCAGUAAAACACCAACAGGGCCCGAACUAGAUUCCAGCUACAAAGGAUACAUGAAGCUUCUGGGUGAGUGUAGUGGUAGUAUAGAUUCGGUAAGAAGGCUUGAGCACAAACUAAAAGAAGAAGAGGAAAAAUUAUCUGGAUUUAUUAACCUCAACAGCACAGAGACACAAACAGCUGGUGUGAUUGAUCGUUGGGAGUUAAUCCAGGCCCAGGCCUUAAGCAAAGAACUGAGGAUGAAGCAGAAUCUUCAACAGUGGCAGCAAUUCAGUUCUGACCUAAACAACGUCUGGGUUUGGCUGGGAGAAACGGAAGAGGAGCUGGACCAACUGCGUUGCCUUGAUCUUAGCACAGACAUACAAGCCAUUGAGCUCCGGAUUAAAAAAUUGAAAGACCUACAGAAGGCAGUUGAUAACCGCAAAGCCAUCAUUUUGUCCAUCAACCUGUGCAGCUCAGAGUUUAUGCAGUCUGACAGUGAGGAAAAUAAGGAACUGCAGGAACAGCUGUCUCAGAUGAACAUGCGGUGGGACCAUGUCUGCACUAUGCUUGAAGAAUGGCGCUGCUCACUACAGAAUGCUCUAAUGCAAUGUCAGGAUUUCCAUGAGAUGAGCCAUGGUUUGUUGCUGUGGCUGGAAAACAUUGACAGGAGAAAAAAUGAGAUUGUACCUAUCAAUCCAAAUCUGGAUUCUGAUAUCCUGCAGGAUCAUCACAGACUUCUAAUGCAAAUACGGCGUGAGCUGCUAGAAUCUCAGCUGAAAGUGGCAUCUCUUCAAGACAUGUCUUGCCAACUGCUGGUCAAUGCUGAAGGCGAGGAUUGUCUAGAAGCCAAAGAGAAGGUCCAUGUCAUUGGAAACAGACUCAAAAUGCUCCUAAAAGAGGUCACACAUCAUAUUAAAGAACUAGAGAAAAUCCUAGACAUUUCAAGCAGUCAGUUGGAUCUAUCCUCCUGGUCAUCGGCUGAUGAGUUGGACACUUCAGGAUCCCUCAGUCCAGUAUCUGGCAGGAGUACUCCAAGCAGACAGAAAACGCCACGAGGCAAAUGUAUUGUCUCACAGCCUGGACCCUCUGUCAGCAGUCCACAUAGCAGGUCCACAAGCGGUGGCUCAGAUUCCUGCCAUUCUGAGGGCCAGCCAAUGCGACGGAGGCAGCAUCAAUGCUUCUUUCUCAGGGUGCUCAGAGCUGCUCUCCCUCUCCAGCUCCUCUUGCUGUUCUUGAUUGGACUCGCCUGCCUGGUGCCGAUGACGGAGGAAGACUACAGCUGCGCCCUCUCCAAUAACUUUGCACGCUCAUUUCACCCCAUGCUAAGAUAUACUAAUGGCCCACCGCCUUUAUGAAGCAGCUGAAAAGGUGAUAGGGAAGUGAGGGGGCUCUUUCCAAUUUGUAGGUACACCCAGUGCAGUAGCUCUCCUGUGACUUCUGUGCUCAAAUAAGUUAAGUGUACUUGGGACUAUUAAAAAUAUAUCAGUACCAAAUGAGUCAGACGUUAUCUGACUGAUGUCGUUUAAAACUCACAUCUCUGACACUGAAAAGAUUAUGGAAGAAGUGAUAGAAUCUCUUUCUUUUUCAGCCAACGUUCUGGAUUUUUCAGUCACUUUUAUCAUUUGAGUCAUUGCCCAGUAUUAUGCAUAGCCAAGGACUUCAGCCUGAAGGAAGAGCUUUCCUGUGUGCUAUUCUUAUCAAUCUAUUACUCAAUCUGUCUUUCCUUAUCUACACUAUUGGUAUUUUACAGUAUACAAACAUAUUAAAAAACCAAAUUGUGCUAAAGAGAUUUUAGAGACUAUUGUAAUAUAAAAUUUUAAAGAGCUUGUAAGACAGCCUUUUAUUUCUUCCACUUUUUGUGGGAUUUUGAGUGGGGCAUGAUGUUCUAACCUUUGCUUUUGGAUGCACAAGCUGUAAAUCUGAACGGCACUUUUUUAUAGUUUUAAAAAAGUAAUGGAUGUAAUAAAUGAGGUCCCGAAGGCUUUAUGAACAGAUCAUGAAUGUUCAGUAUUAAAAAAAGAAACAUAUUUAUGUAUGUACAGUUUGCUAAGACUGGUUUUGU